AUGGCAUCUCUGCCACGAUUUGAGUUCCGCAGAAGAUUCGCACAACUAUUUGAAAUCGAUCCUAGCUUGACAAACAAUGAAGCAUACACGAUCCUGGAAGCGAAUUCUUUUGACGUGCCCAAGACCUGUCUCGAAAUAGCUAAAAAGACGCAAGGAUCGAUUCAAGAGAGAGAGUUUUGGAUCCCGAAGAGGACCUUGGAACAAUUGGAAGUCAGUGAAAGACCGGAGAAGAAGGUCAAAUCAAGUCAGACACCAGAACAGAGUCGGCCGAACAUUAUUGACAAUGACAAACUGCCAGAUGAAGAGGUUGAAGAUUCGAGGAUCCCACAAGUGAAGCCAAGAGAGAUCAUUGAGAUUGAUGAUAGUGACGAUGAAAUAAAGCAAGAAAUCAUUGUUGACGAUGAGCGAGAUAUUGUUCAAAAUGACACAGAGGCUUGUGCCAAAGAAGUGGAUCAUGCUGUCACUGGCGCGAAAAGAGAAUUCUCGGAUAUCGAGAUAUCUGGUGAAUCGGAUGUCGACAAGGGAAGCUCUGAAGAUGAAUCUGACUCAGAGAUUGACUAUGGUAGCCAGCAAUCAAGGUCUGGCUUCGAUUCUCACAUGAGGUCUCUAGAAAAACUUAAGUCAGCCGAAUCAAUCAGGUCAAUCAAGCCAAUUAAGUCGAAAACGCUUGCAACUCGAUUCGUUGCAAAGGUAGCUGGCAACCUCUUCAAUAGAGAACUCAUGACUAUCAAAUUAAACAAGGAUCAAACGCUAGCGAGAUCGGGCUCCAAGGAAUAUCAUGAAGAGAUUUUAUCAGCUCACAGUUCCGCGGAGCAAUUUCUUCGUGAAAGCAGGGAAAAUUUGAUCGAGUGUCAAGCUAAGUGUCGAGCUGGAGACAGCAUUCUGGUUCAGGAUGCUGAAAUUGAGUCCAAAGUUCAUUGUGCGCUCAUUGUAUAUUUAUAUAAAGAAAAUGAGGAACCAAUGGCCCACAUACGGUAUUUUGAAAGGGGCUGUGAUACCAUAAUUGGAGAAAUGGCCAGUCCAAGGGUGCUUUUCGUGUCUUCCAGAUGUGCGAAUAUCUCGAAGGCCGAGAUAAGAGCCAAAAUCAGAGUCGACUUCCGUGGAAAGCCCAAUGACAUCAAUGACCCAGCAAUCGAUCUGGUCGAAGAAGAGUAUCACAGAAGCCCAGACAGAUACUUUUAUCGACUGCACUGCGAUGAUUCGCUCCAAAGAUUUUCUGAAGCCAAGGCAAUAGCGACACAAGGGGAAGGAUCUCUUUUCGAGGAAUGCGAGUGCUGCGCCCUCAAAAGAAUCAAAUAUGAGGAGAAUCAUCAACUGCUAAGGGUAUUGAACUUGAACAAGAAACAAAAAUCUGCUACUGGGUUCAUUUACAAGGGUACGAAAUAUCAACUCAAAGACUUCGUUUAUUUUAUUUCAAAACCUACUUCAAAUUCAAAGGGAUUGCACCCUUACAAUAUUGGUCAAAUACAGAACAUUCGGGUCACCUGCUUGAAAGGUCAGCCCAGUGUCAAGUUAACCGUGGAUAAUUACGAACGUUACGACGACCACUUUCGGCUUAAGAGAUCGGAGGAAAUCGAAAUGAACAUCCCGUUUGCAACCCAUGACAAUAGAAGAGUAUUCCGGUGGAACUCUAAAUUGUUAAAUCCAAAGGAUCUUGACGGCCACUGCUUUGUGAGGCACAUAGAGCAAAUCGAAGAUCUAGACAUUUAUAAGGACCUCGAUGACACAUUCUGGGUUCAGGAAUAUAUUCCUCACGACUUGGAAAAAGAUUCAAUUACAGUCGAAGACUUAGAGCUUAUGCCUAAAGAACAUUUGACGUUUUCAAAAGGAAAUGAACAGAGGCUCGAGAGAAAAAGAAAGCAAGAAAUGACUAAGAUGGAUGGUCCAAAGUUGAAUACUCUGGAUAUCUACAGCGGCGCAGGUGGACUUAGUAAAGGCUUGCACGAAAGCGGAGUAGUGGGGACUAGCUAUGCCAUUGAGUCUGAUACCGCGGCAUGUAGAACUUUUGCGAAAAACUCCCCAGGCGCAAACGUAUACAAUUGCGAUGCAGGCGAGUUUUUAGAAAAAGCGAUGCAGAUUGACGCGGGACUCGUUGAAGAUAUCUCGCGUGAGAUAAAUGGAACUGAGAUGCCUUCAAGAGGCGAUAUCGAUAUGAUUAUAGGAGGGCCACCUUGCCAAGGAUGGAGUAGAGCAAACCGUCAGAAUAACCCUAAAAAGCUACUGAAGAACCCUAUCUGUCCUAUGAGAGAGUCAAUUGCCACAUUCCUCUCUUACGUGGAGUUUUACAGACCCAAAUAUUGCUUAUUGGAAAAUGUCACUGGCCUAAAAUACCACCCGCUCAACGGUAGUGAUAUUCCGAAUUAUCCCUCUGACGAGAGCCCUUUGACAGGCGGUGCAACAAAAUUUAUCUUCCGACUUUUUACAUCCUUAGGAUAUCAAUGUCAAUACUCAACUCUGCAAGCAGGUACCUAUGGUGUACCUUCGUCUAGAAAUCGUGUAAUAUUCUGGGCCUCUCAACCAGGGUACAAGCUCCCGAAGUUUCCUGAGCCGACACAUGUUUUUAAUCGUAUUCCCAAAGAUGCCCCUUAUAUCAGGAGAUCAGCCCCGCAUCGACCACUUACUAUACAGCAUUGUAUAUUAGACUUACCUCUAUGGGAGUUUGAAAAUCCUCACAAAGAAAUCCAGCAAACGCCAGAGCAAAAGUCUAGCCAAAUAAACCGUGGUAAGACUAUUGCUCAAUACUCGAUCUUGAAUAAUCAAAAACUUGUCGGUUCAGAAAAGCAAGACUAUGCCUCCCCAUAUUUAUGUGAGUUUCAGAGGCAAGCGCGCAAAUCUGUUCCCGACCAGCUUCUGCAUAAUCAUGUAACGGGCAGGAUCUCGGUGAAACAGGCCGAGCGAGUGUGCAGCAUUCCACUCGAAGCUGGUGCCGAUUACAGGAGAAUGAAUGAGGCAUUGUUGCCCAACAAGCUGAGGAAAGAAUCAGAGAGAUGUCGGAGAAAUGUUGAUUACCGGAAUCGAAAGUUGGAGGGAAGAUUUGGAAGACCGUCUCUUGAUGAGAUCUUCAAGAUAAUGACUACGGCGAUGGAUCAAUAUUCGACGAACAGUUGGAUGCUCAAUCCGAAGUUACAUAGGCCAUACACACUAAGGGAAUUAGCUAGAGCUAUGGGCUUCCCAGAUAGCUUCAUAUGGGAUUUAGAAACCACAAAAGUGUCCGAUGCUCUCAAACAAAUCGGUAAUGCUGUGCCACCUCCAUUUGCACGAGCACUCGGAAACGAACUGCGGAAAGUUUUACAAGGAUGGAAUACCAGCAGAGAAAGCGAAGAUGACGAAGAUAUCGUGGAUCAAGAAUAUAAUGCAAUUGAUGACCAAGUCGACCAAUAUUUGGACAUGGUUGAGGAGAUAAUGGCUCGGAGUGAAACGGAUUCUGAUGAAGAGAUCGACGAUCUUGUAAUCGAACAACUCAAAAAAGAAUUCAACCGAAGCACGGACGAUCUAACAGACGCUGGAAGCGAAGACGAGAACGAGAAAAAUUCAGACAUAGACAAGGAAGUGUCAGACGAUAGUGACAUAGAUAUUGACGCAGAUAUGAAAGACCAAGAAGAUCAAAAGGAUCUUGAAUCCGAGGACGAGGACGAGGAUGAGGAGAAUUGGAACACAGAUGAGGAAAUUUCAAGUAAGGGUGAUGAUGAUCCUGACUCCAAGAACGAGGACGCGCAGAAUCUGGAUACAGAUGAAGAAAUUUCAAACGAGAGUGAAGUGGAAGUUGACGAAGACUCGGAAGAUCAGGAAGAUCAAGAAAUUCUUGGAUUCGAUGACGAUAGCCAACAGAAUUUAGAUACAGAUGAGGAGGUGUCAGGAAGUGACGUGGAUGUUGAUCGAGAUAUGAAAGACCAAGAUGUAGCAUCCGCGGACGAUGAAGAUAUGAUUGAGGAUAUGGACUCGGAAGAAGAAUCUUUGGUCAACACUAAAAUGCAGAGGGAGGAAAGAAUCCACACUGGAGGAAGCAGGGAUGACGCAAUUGUGAUUGAUGAUUCAGAAUGA